UGCUCCGUAGUUACAGUGUCCUUUAAUUGUUUCCACUCUCUCAUGUCGUGCAGUCCACUCAAACACUGUGUUGUGUUGUAGCAAUUCCCUGAGACUGCUGUCUUGGAGGUAAGGUUAGGAAUGAAUUUUCCCAGAAAGUUGAUCAUUCCCAUGGCUCUCAAGACACCUUUCUUGUCAGUGGGGGCUGGCAUGUCCAAUAUGGCUUGCACUUUUGACUGAUCAGGUUCCACCCCUUCACUCAUGACCUUGUCCCCCAAGAAGGUCAUCUCUGAAACGCCAAAAAGGCACUUGUCUCUAUUCAGUUUUAGUCCAUUCUUUUCUACAGUCUUUCAUCGUGUUGCUGUUUUGUAUUUCCCCAGACAACCAGGUCAUCUAUAUAGACUCUGGUGCCUUCCAGACCCUCUAUUAUGGAUUCCAUAGCUCUGUGGAAGAUCUCUGGUGCUGAUUUAAUGCCAAACGGAAGCCUCAAGAAACAUUAACGCCCGAAUGGUGUGUUAAAGGAGCAGUUCAAUUGUUGCAUCUGUCUGGACAUCUACACCGAGCCUGCCUCCAUCCCUUGCCUGGACUUCAUCGAUGGCCUCUGGGACACUAAGACCAAGGCUGAGUGUCCGCUGUGCAAAGAGACAUUCAGAAAGCGUCCACAACUCAGGAUCAACCAAGUUUCAGGAGGAGAAUGUUGACAGUGUGGGAAGCAGGAAAACUUCCCCAAUCCCGCUUUUUGAGCCUGAAGAGAUUCCCUGUGACAUCUGCCAUGGAGACAAAUCUCCAUCAGUCAAGUCUCCAUCAGUCAAGUCUCCAUCAGUCAAGUCUCCAUCAGUCAAGUCUCCAUCAGUCAAGUCUCCAUCAGUCAAGUCGUGCCUCGUGUGCCAGGCGUCUUAUUGUGAACUUCACCUCACACCACACCUGAGGGAUCCAGCGCUGCACAGACACCAACUUACUGAUCCGGCCACCUUCGCCACCAGUCACCUCUGCAGAAAGCACCACAAGCCGCUGACAAUGUUCUGCAAGAAGGACCAGAAGCCUGUUUGUGGUCAAUGCACAGAGAGGGAACACAAACACCACAAGACCGUCCCCAUGGAGGAGGAGAACAAGAGGAUCAAUGUGAGGAAACAUGUAUUUCAUUAACUUCCUUUAAACUUAGCCUUAAAAAAGCCCACUUUCCUUUUUUUGUACGAAUAUAGAAACCUGUUUCUGUAUUUUGUCAAGUGGGAAAAAUAACUCAGUCAAUAUAUUUCUGACAGACACUGAGAGCCAUAUUAUAACGAUCUAAAACGCAAGUAUCAAACGUGAAACGCAAGUAGCUUGUGGGCGGAUCUCGGGCACUGUUGCUAUU